AGGCAGCAUAACGGGAUCACCAGCCUCAUCUCUCUCUCUACUCUUGUCGAGAAGCAUUACGUUGGAGACCUAGAUGUGGUUGACUGGACGGAGUUGCUCUCCCGUUAUCUCUGUGUGUGUUCGGCGUGGUGUACUCAGCCUGGGCUGUGGGCUGAGGGCUUAGUAACGCUGCUAUGGUGCAGGAAGAAACUACUGUCCACAAGCCAGGGGGGUAAAGCUGCCCUGGGACAGCAGGUGUUUGUGUCGUUUCGUCCUGCCGGACUCUAGGGACACGUCUUCUCUGACGUGCUCGACGCCGGUCGGACUCUGCCAUGGCGUUUCUUUGUGGAGGCGGUCAGGUUUUCCACACUGCUGUGGAUGAGGGGCCGUACACAAAGCACUCCAACCCCUCCAGGCCACCGGAUGGAGCGCUGGCCGUCAGGAGGCAGAGUAUCCCAGAUGAGUUUAAGGGCUCCAGUGUUGUAGAGUUAAUGAAGAAAGAGGGAACCACUCUUGGACUCACUGUGUCUGGGGGCGUCGACAAGGAUGGAAAACCGCGGGUGUCCAACCUGCGCCAGGGAGGCAUCGCUGCUAGGAGUGACCAGCUCAACGUGGGCGACUACAUCAAGUCUGUAAACGGGAUCAAUCUGACCAAGUUCCGUCACGAUGAGAUCAUCAGCCUGCUGAAGAACGUCGGAGAACGUGUGGUUCUAGAGGUGGAAUACGAGCUGCCACCUGUCUCUGUUCAAGGCUCUGGGAUGAUGUUCAAAAGCGUCGAGGUGACUCUGCACAAAGAAGGCAAUACGUUCGGCUUUGUCAUCCGAGGAGGAGCCCACGAGGACAGGAACAAAUCCCGCCCCGUUGUCAUAACGACCAUCAGGCCAGGUGGACCUGCUGACAGGGAAGGUACUGUGAAGCCAGGGGACAGGCUCCUGAGUAUCGAUGGGAUCCGUCUUCACGGGACAUCCCAUGCAGAGGCCAUGUCCAUCCUCAAACAGUGUGGCCAGGAGGCUACGCUACUCAUCGAGUAUGACGUCUCCAUCAUGGGUACGUCAUGGGAGUGUGUGUGUGUGUGUGUGUGUGUGUGUGUGUGUGUGUGUGUGUGUGUGUGUGUGUGUGUGUGUGUGUGUGUGUGUGUGUGUGUGUGUGUGUGUGUGUGUGUGUGUGUGUGUGUGUGUGUGUGUGUGUGUGUGUGUGUGCCAUGUGUAUCCUCAAGAAGGACUGAACUCCAAAGUCUAACCUUGUCUUCCAGAUGCAUAUACAUGUAUAUGGUGUUGUCAGGACACUGUCAGGGGUUGUGGGUGGACAUUUAUAUGGUGUUGAUAGGACACUGUCAGGGGGUGUAG